UAAUCAUAUAUUAAAAAUCUUUUCAAGCUGUCGUUUUGGAUGCUUAUAUAUUCAUGUCGGGAAGAGGAUCGGCAGGUUCUGGUUUUGGAUGGAUACUCCCAGAAACACACAUACCCAAAUGGAAGGGGAAAAUGGAAUUGGCGAGAAGAGGAGUUUGGUGUUUGCAGUUAAUGGAAAGAGGUUCGAGCUAUCCACUGUGGAUCCUUCAAUGACUUUGCUUGAGUUCUUGAGAACUCAGACCUCUUUCAAGAGUGUAAAGCUUGGUUGUGGUGAAGGCGGUUGUGGUGCUUGUACUGUUCUGAUCUCCAAGUACGAUUCAUUGCUUGACAAAGUUGAGGAUUUUACAGCAAGUUCAUGUCUCACACUAGUUUGUAGCAUAAAUCAAUGUUCAAUAACAACAACUGAAGGCUUGGGUAAUAGCAGAGUUGGUUUCCAUUCAAUUCACAAAAGGUUCUCUGGAUUCCAUGCUUCUCAAUGUGGCUUCUGUACUCCUGGAAUGUGCAUGGCCCUUUUUGGGGCCCUUGUCAAUGCUGACAAAACGGAUCGACCUGAACCCUCCCCAGGAUUUUCCAAGCUCACAGUAAUUGAAGCUGAAGAGGCUAUUGCUGGAAAUCUUUGUCGUUGUACAGGAUAUCGACCCAUUGUUGAUGCAAGCAAAAGUUUUGCAGCUGAAGUAGAUAUGGAGGAUUUGGGCUUUAAUUGUUUUUGGAAGGAGGGAGAUAAGCAGGAAAUAAAUCUAAGUAGGUUACCUUCGUACAAUCAUAAUAAUGAGAUCUGCGCUUUUCCUGCAGCUUUCAAAAAGGAAAUCAAAGCUUCCUUGAUUAUAGAUUCUAAUAGAAGUUCUUGGCACCAACCAUCUAGCUUGAAGGAUCUUCAGAGCUUGUUAAAGUGCUCUGAUGCCAACAAUGGAGUCCGAACAAAGCUGGUGGUUGGUAACACUGGCAUGGGGUAUUUUAAGGAACUGGAACAAUAUGACAGAUACAUUGAUCUCAGGUAUAUUCCUGAACUCUCAGCGAUUUGGAGGGAUCAUACGGGGAUCGAAAUUGGGGCAGCUGUGACUAUUUCUAAAACUAUUGAAGCUUUGAGGGAAGGAAAUAAAGAUGAAUUUACCCCAACAAGUAAAAUGGUGUUCAAUAAAAUUGCAGACCAUAUGGAGAAAAUUGCUUCCAAAUUUAUUAGAAAUACAGGUAGCAUUGGUGGAAAUUUGGUGAUGGCACAAGGAAAACAUUUUCCUUCAGAUAUUGCCACAAUACUUCUUGCUACUGGUUCAUUUGUUCAUAUAAUAAAUGGCGCCGUGCAUGAAAAGCUUUCCAUGGAGGAGUUCUUGGAAAGGCCUCCCAUGGAUUCUAAAAGUGUACUCAUAAGUUUUAGAAUCCCAAAUUGUGAAUCUAUUAAUCCUGAAAGAGAUAGCAAGUUAUUAUUUGAAACCUAUAGAGCAGCACCACGGCCCCUUGGAAAUGCUUUGCCUUAUCUGAAUGCUGCUUUCUUGGCUGAAGUUUCUUCCUCAAGAUCAUCAUCCAGUGGAUAUGUGUUGAAUAGUUGUCAGUUUGCAUUUGGUGCUUUUGGAACCAAACAUGCAAUUAAAGCAAGGAAAGUUGAGGAAUUUUUAACUGGAAAAUUGUUAAGCACUUCUGUCCUUUAUGAAGCUAUUAAAUUGGUCAAAGCUGCUGUGGUACCUGAAGAUGGGACUCCAGAACCUGCAUAUAGGUCAAGUUUGGCAGUUAGCUUUGUUUUUGAUUUUCUUGGCCUGUUAGUAGAUAGCAAUCCUAAUAGCUUGCUGAAUGGCUAUAAUGGUCAUUUAACGUCUGAGGAUGUCAACUCGAAGGAGAAAUAUGACAAUCUAGAUCAUUUUAAAUUCCCAACAAUGCUGUCGUCAUCCAAACAGGUGAUCCAAUUAAACAAAGACUAUCAUCCCAUUGGUGAGCCAAUUACCAAAUCUGGAUCUGCUCUUCAAGCUUCUGGUGAGGCUAUUUACGUGGAUGAUAUUCCUUCCCCUGAAAAUUGUCUGUAUGGAGCAUUUAUUUACAGCACAAAGCCAUUCGCUAGGGUAAAGGGUAUAGAAUUUACUUCUAAAUCACUCCCAGAUGGAGUUCAUUCACUUAUUUCUUUCAAAGACAUUCCAAAAGAUGGGCAGAACAUUGGUACAAUUGCUUUUGGUCCUGAACCAUUAUUUGCCGAAGAGUUUACCGAGUAUGCAGGACAGCCACUUGCACUUGUGCUUGCAGAUACACAAAAACAUGCAGAUAUAGCAGCAAUGCUUGCAGUAAUAGAUUAUGAUGUCGAAAAUCUAGAACCUCCCAUUUUAACUGAAGAAGAGGCUGUGGAGAGGUCUAGCCUUUUUGGGGUACCUCCUACUCUCUAUCCCAAACAAGUAGGAGAUUUAUCUAAGGGAAUGGAUGAAGCUGAUCAUAAGAUUUUCUCUUCUGAGAUAAAACUUGGGUCCCAAUAUUAUUUCUAUAUGGAGAAUCAGACUGCUCUCGCUGUUCCUGAUGAAGACAACUGCAUGAUGGUUUAUAGUUCGAGUCAAGGCCCUGAGCAUGCACAGGUCGCAAUUGCAAAAUGUCUUGGUAUUCCUGAACAUAAUGUGCGAGUGCUUACAAGAAGGGUCGGAGGAGGUUUUGGUGGAAAGGCUAUGAGAUCCACGCCCAUUGCCACAGCAUGUGCACUUGCAGCACACAAGCUACAGCGUCCUGUUCGGACAUAUGUGAACCGCAAGACUGAUAUGAUAAUGAUAGGAGGAAGGCAUCCUAUGAAAAUAACAUAUAAUGUAGGAUUCAAAUCUAAUGGGAAAAUUACUGCCUUGCAUCUUGAGAUAUUAAUAAAUGCAGGCAUUUCUCUAGACUUUAGCCCAUUGAUGCCAAAAACCAUUGUGGGUGCCCUUAAAAAGUAUGAUUGGGGAGCUUUAUCUUUUGAUAUAAAGUUAUGCAAAACAAACCUGUCAAGUAAAUCAGCAAUGCGAGGCCCUGGAGAAGUGCAAGGAUCAUAUAUUGCAGAAGCUGUAAUUGAACAAGUAGCAUCUUUUCUUUCCAUUGAUGCAGAUUCUGUGAGGACCAUAAAUUUUCACACAUAUGAUAGCCUUAAGUUAUUUUAUGAUGUUAGCGCAGGAGAUCCUCUAGAAUAUACUUUAAUUUCAAUAUGGGAUCAAUUAGCCAUAUCUUCAAACUUUAACCAAAGAGUUGAAAUUGUAAAAGAGUUUAAUAGGUGUAACGUGUGGAAAAAAAGAGGUGUUUCUCGAAUACCUUGUAUAUAUGAUGUGAUGGUGAGGCCAACUCCUGGAAAAGUUAGCAUUCUAAGUGAUGGGUCUAUUGUUGUUGAAGUUGGAGGAAUAGAGUUGGGUCAGGGUCUCUGGACAAAGGUGAAACAAAUGGUUGCAUUUGCUCUCAGUUCAAUCCAAUGUGAAGGAACAGAAGACUUCUUGGAUAAAGUACGAGUCAUACAAGCUGAUACUUUGAGUUUAAUCCAAGGAGGGAUAACUGGUGGAAGCACUUCAUCUGAGUCAAGCUGUGAAGCAGCCAGACUUUGUUGUGAAGUACUGGUUGAGAGACUGACACCUUUAAAGGAAAGGUUGUCGAAGGAAAUGGAUUCAAUAAGCUGGGAGAUGCUUAUUAAACAGGCACAUUUGGAAGCUGUGAAUUUGUCAAUAAAUUCCUUCUUCACUCCUGAAUUUGCUUCAUCAAACUACUUAAACUAUGGUGCUGCUGUGAGUGAGGUGGAAGUAGACCUUCUGACAGGGCAAACAACAAUUUUGAGAACUGAUAUUUUAUAUGAUUGUGGAAAAAGUCUCAACCCUGCUGUAGAUUUAGGACAGAUUGAAGGAGCUUUUGUCCAAGGAAUUGGGUUUUUCAUGCUUGAAGAACAUACAUCAAACUCUGAUGGAUUAGUAGAAGCAAAAGGCACAUGGACAUAUAAGAUCCCUACAGUUGACACAAUACCAAAGCAGUUCAAUGUCCAAUUACUUAACAGUGGACAUAACCCAAAACGUGUUCUUUCUUCUAAAGCCUCCGGUGAGCCACCAUUACUCCUAGCAGCAUCAGUUCACUGUGCUACAAAAGCUGCCAUUAGAGAAGCACGAAAGCAGCUCUAUUCAUGGGGUUGCCUACAGAGUUCUUAUUCAACAUUCCACUUGAAGGUCCCUGCCACCAUGCCUAUUGUGAAGGAGCUGUGUGGGGUGGAUAAUGUAGAGAGGUACUUACAGUUUAAAAUGGGUAGAAAUUAAUUUACUUAUUAAUGGAUGGAAAGACAAUGUGUGUAUUUCUAAAUAAAGUGCUGUAAUUCUAAUUUAUUUAAAUGUAGUCGCUAUGUUUCAAACUAAUCAUAAUGCAACAAAAUAAAUUAUUUCAUUCUUAUAUACCCACCCUAA